AUGAUCGUCAAAUCGAGCAUUAUUUUCAAGCAACCUCCACUUUCGUUGAUCACCAAAACGGAACCGUUCACCGUUCAGGAGUCGUUGUACUACAUGAUUGGGACAAUCUGUCAGCAAAACGUUGAAUUGAUGCCCCAUUUUAACUCUGCAAAGUUGAUGUUCUUUUUCGCACAUUUGACGAGCUUUUUCAUUUUCACCUCCUACUCAGCAAGUAUCGUUGCCCUGCUGCAGAGUCCAAGUCGGGCUAUAACCACGGUGGCUGAUCUUGCAGCUUCUCCGUUCAAGGCCGGUUCGAUGGAUGCGAUUUACGCGUUUGUAUACUUUAACGAAAGCAAGGAUCCUGCAGUCAAGGAGCUGUUCCAGAAGAAGAUGAAACCUUUGGGCAAGAAGGCCUUCACCGAGGCUGACGUCGGUAUGCGGAGGGUUCGAGAUGAGUUUUAUGCUUUUUCGGUCGAAGUCAACGCAGCAUAUCUGCUGAUUAAGGAGACCUUCACCCCUCAGGACGUGUGCAAGGUGUACGAGCUGGAGGCCAUCAAGUUGCCACCGUUUUCGAUUCCGGUGCUAAAGGGAAGCAAAUAUCGUGAACUGCUCCGACAGCGACUCAUUUGGCAACGGGAGGUUGGCAUCAUUCGCCGAUACAACUUGAUUUGGAUCGCCCAGAAACCCACGUGCGAGUCAGGAGCGGCUGCUUUCAAUUCGGUUGGCCUUAAUGAACUGCGAUACGUGUGCAUCUUCAUGAUCAUUGGUUUUGGAGUGGCAUUUUUGCUGUUGGCUUGCGAGAUUGCUUGGAAGAAGCAGCAAAAUAAGCGAAUCGCGAAAGCUAAGCUCAAACAACAGCAAAGUCGAAGCACUUUGAUUUCGUUUCUGAACUAACAAAUUAAGAGAUAUUAUGAUUGGAUCAACAAACGUGAUUUAAGAGCACGUGUGGUACAAAAUGUUUUACGAAUUUGGGAUUUUACAACUUAAUCAUAUAUUGAGGAUCAUGCAAUUUUAUAGAACAAAAUUCAACUACCAAAAACUCUCUUCUAUGUGAGAUAUUUUUGUCUGUAUUUAAUCGAAAUGUAGAAUUUUAGUGAUUAAAUAACAGCCUUGGUUAAAGAAAUUUGAUUAUUUUUUCAAUUACUCGUUAAAUAUAAAUAUCUACAAAAGCUUUCCACAACGCAGGAAAGCGUUGAAAUUGAAUGAAAAUCUCGGGGCUCGAUGAUUUCAAUUUGUUAUCCAAAUAGAACGGCGUACUGUAAUUUGCAUCAUAGAUAAAGAGUAUUAUGCUGUUCAGAUUUAAUUAAAAAUAAAACAUCAUGAUUUUCAGUGCGUAUGUCUAUUCAA